AUGGGAUGGGUCACCCUCUUCCUGCUGGGGCUCUGCGUGCUCCUGGAAGCACGCCUGUGCUCCCCUGGCAGCCCCAUGUGGCAUUACGCUGAAUCUGAGGUGGUCAUUCCUAGGAAGGAGAUGCCCCCUGGCAAAGGUGUUGAGAUGCCAGGCUGGGUCUUCUACAGCCUGCACUUUGGGGGCCAAAGACACGUCAUCCACCUUCGGAGCAAGAAAUUUAUUUGGCCCAGACCCCUGCUAAUGAUGACCCAGGAUGACCAAGCAGCCUUGCAGAUGGACUACCCCUACAUUCCAAUGGACUGUUACUACUUUGGCUACCUGGAGGACAUCCCUCUGUCCACUGUCACCAUUGACACGUGCUACGGGGGCUUGGCAGGUAUCAUGAAGUUGGAUGACCUGACCUACGAAAUCAAACCCCUCCAGGACUCGCACACAUUUGAACACGUUGUUUCUCAGGUAGUGGCCGACUACAACACUACAGGGCCAACCCCAUACAGACAGGAACAAAACAAAGACUCAGACCUCUUGCUCUCUGAGAUGAUGAAAAUGUUGAGAUAAAAAUGUGACUAUUUG